CAGUAGCAGAGAGCUACUUCGUCUUGGGUCUGGAAGGUCUCACACUGCUGCUCCACAACCUUCUGGCCCAAUGUCCUUGGGCAUAAAAUUGUACCUUUUGAAGCUCAACUGCCUCGUGUAUAGCACAGGAUCCUGUAGCAACCCCAAUGAAGAAUCAUGAGAUUGUAUUUGUGGAUAUUAAUAAAACCUGACAUUCAUUGAGCAUCUAUUUAGCUUGUGCCAGGCAGGCUCUGUGCAAAACCACCUACCUUAUGAGGUAAGUUUUCCACCUUUACAGAGGCCCAGAGUGUUGACUUAUAUCUGUUCACAGAGCAGGAAGGGGUAGAGCAAAUACUCAGCCGUAAGCAGAGCGACCUCCGGGACCCAGACUCAUAGCCACUAUGCUUGUUCCAACCUGCCUCGCUCAGGGCCUGGCAUUAGGAAACCACUCAUGCAUUAAACGAUAGUGAGCACUAACUCUGAGUCACAUUGUUCUGGGUGCUGAGCAAGGCGGGUGAGGUCCCCACGGUCGUGGAAUUUGUGAUCUGCCAGGAAAGAGUCACUUUCUCUCAUGUCCUGCAUCCGGUUAUGGGCAAAACCACAGUCAUCAUUUCACCUCUUCUCAAAGAACAAAGAUCUUUGAUUUACAAGACGCCCCUCCCAUUCCUCUCCGUUUUCUUUCCCUCCGUUCUCACUGCCACCCGGAUCUUGCGGUUCGGCAGACACACAGGUCCCGCCUCCUCCCUCAGCCCUCUGGACACACCUUCUCUGGCCACUAUAAAGUUUGACCCCGGGGCAGGUGCAAUCUUGCGUGUGGGGAACUUGAGGUGCAUUUCCUGCACCAAUCCACCCGACUUGCUCUGCAGCCAUGGAGUCCACCUCCAAGAAGGCCAAGAAGACAGGCCAGCACGGCCACGGGCACGGGCACGGGCACGGCCACAGCGGUUCUUCAGACUCUGACAGCAGCAGCAGCAGCAGCUCCAGCAGCUCGGACACGGAGGUGAAGCCUCAUGCUUCAGGAUCGGAGACCCACCCAAGCAAGGUCAAGAAGUCCAAGGUGAAAAAGGAGAAGAAGAAGAAGGCUUCCCACUGACAGGCCUGGGCUGGGCUCAUUAAACCUUCUCUAGACCUUUGA